AAAGGAGGAACACUGUUGUGGCCUGCCCGAGUGCGAGAAGGAGAAUCCAGGAGGGAGGAGUGUCGCGGAAAGGUGUCUUUUCAGCGCUAAACGUGCGCCAAAUCGCACCAAACUUGGCCCACGGAUAGUUAAGGGUCUAACCUAUCUUGCUGUUAAUUCGCAAAGAUGUCGACUCAGCGUGUGCGGAAAAAUCCCUCCCCAAACUUGGCGCAUGGGUCGGGGCCGAAGCUGCAGCCCAUCAAGGCCACCAAGGUUUUCUCGCUACGGCAGGGAAGCCCCGUCUCGAAAGCCUCGCCGUCGUCUUCCCCCACGCCGCUAUGGCCAUCAGGGAAGAACAGAAGAUCCCCAGACCACAGAGCGUCCCCCGAGCGUCGGAGCCCGACUUCCCCGGGACUGAAAGGAACGAAGCCCUCCCGGACCAGCCCCUCCCCCUCUAUCAGGCGAACCUCCUCGCUGGACACCAUCGCUGUGGGCUCCUACCUGAAGGGAAUCUGGCCCCAUGACAUCCCCCACCACUACAUGUACGGCCCUCAGAUGGUCAACAAGGCCACACAGACUCCAAGCUCCUGGCUGGAUGCUGACAAAAGAGGAACGUCCCACAAGAGAUCUGCAUCAUGGGGAAGUGCUGACCAGCUUAAGGAGAAAAUUAGGCAGCAGCUGCAGCGGAAUGCGAAACAGAACAACCAUCGUGACGCGGGGCAGAGACAGUCGCCCGUGCCAGGAGACCACUCAGCGAUCCAGCAGUCGCCCACCCCCCGCUCCAUCCCCAUUCCCAUUCCCAUCAAUAGCAUUCCAAAGGGCGCCCUUCCCAGACUAAGAAAUAGCGUGGAGGGUUUGAACCAGGAAAUCGAGCGAAUGUUUAUCACAACUAAAACCUCAGGGAACGAAGAAGAACGAACUCAGACGGCAAUUUCCAUUCCUGUGCUGCAGGAACCCACACCCGACGGCCACCGGGCGCCGCUCCCCGGCCAGAGAUCGACGCGCACGGUCGACACGCAGACACCGUACGAAAACGAGACGGAACUCAUCAGCGGGGACAGUUCAGGUUCAGGCAGCCGUAGCCAGUCGGUGUCGCCGUCCUUUCCAGUCGAGCGGGACGGCUCACACCCUUCCUCCAGAGGGAGCUCCACAGAAAGUCCGGGAAACGAGGCAAAAGACAAAGAGAACAUACGCACGCCGUCACCAAAAUACGAAGUUUCGCCGAAACCAACCAAUAACAUCCUGGUGACGGACAUCGCUGCGGAGAUGGGAAGCAUGUCCCCGCUGCCAAAGUACGCCGCCUCGCCCAAGCCCAACAAUAGUUACUCCUUUGCGCGGGAACCGCCAGACGGAUGUGAGAAAGUCAGCGCUAUCGACGAGUCAAAGAGCCCCAAACUGGUGCCAACCAGUUCCAGCAGGCCAGAACCAGUCCAAACUGGUCCCAAACUGGCUGCUGCUGACCCCAGCAGGUGUAAACCUGUCCAGACCAGUCCUAUCCUGUCCCUGACACGUUCCAUGAGCACCCCUGUGCUCUUCUCCUCGGAUGUUACAUGUAUAAAUAUCACUCCACGUUCCCUAUCCUCUAUCAGCAAAGUGCGGCUGCCCUUGGACCAAUCUAUGUUCUUUUGCCCAGACAAGAACAAGAUCAACUUCAUUCCAUUUGGCUCGGCUAGCUCUGCCUUCUGUCCUAUCCUUAACAGCAAAUACAAGGCUCUGUCGCCCGUCGGGUCGGAGAUCGAGAGCCUGGCGGUGAAGUCGCCUGCCUCCCAGCCAACAGCACAGCCCACCAACGUGGACAGCACCUGUCUCUAGAGGGGGUGCCGCCACUGGGCAGAACAGCCGCCUGACCUCAUCAUCAGCCCUUCCUCCAACCUUUCGUUCUUGUUCAUAGAACCACAGAAAACACGCUUUGACGUGCCGUUGUGUUCCGUUCUAGUCUUUGGAUACUUGGUUAACUGUGGUUGACAACUGUACACAGUGUUCAUCGAUGGUGCUGUACCAUAUGAAGCAAACGCAACUUGUUUCUCAUUAAAAAAAACGUUAUACAACCACACCUAUCACAGGUUUGAAAUAACAGCCAUGACAUGCUGAUGAUGUCAUCGUUGUCCAUGUGGCUUAUGACAUCAUCAUUUCAUGUCUAGAAUCAAGAUGUCAAAAUAAUAGAUUCUUCAAAGCUGAACGACAGUCCAUCAGGACUUGUGAGUCAUGAAGACAUAAAAACAAUCAUUUGAUGAUUCAGCACUGCAUGGCAAUGGCACCGGUUAUUUUUGCCUGUCACAUACAACCUUCCAAAUGAAGAGCAAACCUUUUGUUACUUUUGGUUGCAUCAUGUUUUCAGUUUGCGCACAGCAGAUAGCCAUUCCAUUGUACUUUCAUUUCCAUCACAUGGAAAGUCUAACUCCACUGGGCUGUUCACACUCUGCAGAAGCAGAAGAAACACAGCUUGUUGCUCUUUAGGAGUGUUCUAACGAACGCUUUACAGCACUAGACAUUCGUCUUGCACCCACCCUACCUGAUUUAAAAGGACUGUGUCUAUGACAACGAAAUCAGGGUUCUCAAAAUAGUUUGGAGAAAGCACAAGUGUUCGUAGCAUACAUGUGUUUGUGUAUAGAAAACAAUUUCUUUUCAGUGACUUAAAACAACCCCCACUAUUGUAAAAGUUGGGCUAGUCCAGAAUUGUUGACCUGUGACUUCACAGUCAGAGUUUGGGGGUGUAUGAUAUGAUGUUUACUGACAGGAAGAUUUUAUGUUCUGUAGGAUACGUAUAGUUGCUUGCCGUGCAUGUAACAUAUUGCUUGUAAAAAAUGCUGUUAGUAUAGCUUGCCUAUUGUGUUAAGCCUGGCAGUAUAGCGAGGGUCUAACAGUUAGCACGUCAAUAGUGCCUGCCGUAGGCAGAGGUUUAAGUUGGUAUUCCUGGGUAGCACCCCCCUCCUUACAAUGGAUGGUUCCAGAACCAGACAGCAUUGAACAAGGUCAUGAAUUGGAGAAAGAAAUCUAGAGAGAAACCUGUCUAGGUUACAAGAUAUAAGGUUAUAGAGAUAUGGAUAUAUAUAUAUAUAUUACAGUACAAAUUGUCUGAGUGAGUCUGUUCAUCCUGAGAAGGGGGUUUGUUGUGUACCCUGGGAUGUUAGGUACAGAGGGAGAAGAUAUGUGUGUGUUAAUGUUGGAUGUAUGAAGACUACUACACUGCCUAAUCAUUAGGAACACAUGGCAGAUGAGUGAUAAGUCCAGGAUGUAACAAUGGGGACACAUGUAAGUGUAUGAAAAAUGAUUGUUGUGUUUUUGUGAUAAGAGAAAACAAGAGGUAUACAUGUAUGUAUGUAAAAGUGUGAGGAGUUACAAGGUUUCUUUCCAGCAUUGUAUUAUAGUACCUAUGUGUACAAUUUAAGAGAAAGGAAUUGUUUUGCAAAAGGCACAAAGAUCUUUGUGUUUGCUUUCAGACAUUUUACCAUUCCUGAAGUUGUUGUGGCAGCAGAAAAGGGCAACAACACUUUCAUAUGUACAUGUUUUUGUAUGUGUAGGUUGGAUUGAAUUUGGUUGUGUAAUAGACUCUGAAACUGUAAGAGGAGUGGAAGUGAAAUUCCUCAUUUUUGAGUCAAGUUUAAGAAGGACAUGUUGUCCUUUUGUGUACAUCGUUAUGGACUUAUCACUGUCACUAUGUAUUUCCUUAGCUUACCAUUGUGAAGUUCCAGAUUGUGUAUUUUUCUAUAUUUACUCAGUUGAUAUAAGCCAGUGUGUAUGUUGCUGUGGAUAUGUUAUGAAUAUUCAUAGGUAGGUGUGGCAGUUGUCAUGACAAGUUGCUAUGGCAGCAAAACUUUACUUUAGAAAAAAAGAAAGAACCUUUUACAAACAGCAAUUUACAUGGAUGUAUAACUACUGUACCAAUGUUUUUGUAUGAAAUAAGAAAAACGUGAAUGCCAAGACAAAAAAAAAAGAUUGUUGUGAUUCCAUGAGUGGAAAUCUAGUUGUGUACCAGUAGUUGUGAUAGACAGAUGUCAUUUACUGGGAAAACUACAAAUGUUGUCAAUGUAUAUUGUAUUGUACUCGUUCUGGUUUCUAUGGUAACCGAUCGAUUGAUGGCUGAGAGUUGCCACCUUUCCUUGUGCGAAGAGAAGCCAAGACGGAGGAAAUGUGGAUUAAAAAUGACUUUAUCGUUACUUAACCAUCCCACAAGUUGUUUGAAGUGUACUUAGGCCAUUUUUACCCUGCUGACAUCCCUGUACAGUGGAUGGUACAGUCUUAACGUCACUGUUGGAAGAGUCCAUUUUCUGUGAGAAGGGGUUCAUAGGAUGUUCCUGUAAGGAUACCACUGUUAUCAGCUAGAAGACAACUCUAGUUGUCGGUUGAGAAGUGGGUGAUUUUGAACACAUGCUCUACUACCGGUCGUAAUUUUAACGGUUCAGUGAUUUGUUUUUUUGAGAAGAGUGGACAAAAGUCUGUAUCCUCUGAAUGUACUUUUUCUACAGAGUGUAAAUCGUGCAGAAAACUCAGGGCAAUAGAGAAAAAACUUGCCAGGACUUCGGGCCUCAUUUGCAUACUUCCAUAACGACUGAACAGGUACUGACUUAGCUAGCCAGUAUUUCCAAGAGUACUUACAUCUCUUUAUAUGCAGUGGCUUGCUAUCAUGAGGAAAACAGCCACAAGAAAACAAACUGCAGAAAGAAUGACAAAUCUGUCAUCUACAAACUAUAAGCUAUACUUUGCACCAGCAUAUCUUAAAGUUGACUGUGAUAAGAUGAAAGUUAAGUGUGAGCUACAUGCCAACUUUGAACUACAUGUAAUCAGGAAGUGUUUGCCAUAGCAUACUAAGGCUGCACUCUUUAUAUCUUAUUUUCUAUUUUGUCAGACAGUUGGAUGACAAGACUAUAGGGUCACUGUUCCAACAAUGGUUUCCAUGAUUUGGGCCAUCUGAUGCAAAACAAGAAAUGCUGGCAGAGAUCCUGGCAAGUUUGCAAUUUCAGGAACACAAAAGAGGGCUGGCUGAUAUGUGACUUUGGUCCAAGUAGUACUUUCUAUUGAGAAAAACCAACAAGGUAGAGGCUACCAGUUAUAUGAGGAAAAGUUAUUAAAAAAAAAACAGCAAAUGUUUUGAGAAGUUUAGGACUGUUCCAAAGUCUAUUUGAUUGAAAGUUGAAGGACAGCAACAAAACUGUGUCAUGGUUGCCUAUCUUGUUCCCCCCUCUUGUAAAGUUGAUAGUUCCAUUCAGUAUUGUUCUUGGAUGGGCUUUGGAAGGCAACAUUUUUGUGAGGGGGAUGAUGUGUGUUGACCACAGGUUAAUGGCUGUUUAUGAUUUGUCAGACAUUUUGGACCCUUCUACUUUACACAUAGAAGUGGCCCAGAGAGGAAGGGAUGUUCAUAGGAAAACGAGCAGGGCAGCCAAAAAUAUGUGUAUGAAGAAAAUAAACAGUUUGAAGACAUUUCA